UGGUUUUUGUACCAAAUUUGUUUUUAUAAGAUCCCAUAUAUAGAAGGCUGUCUCAGACAACUUCUUAUUUCCCAUCUUUCUUCUCCAUUAAAAGCCCUCCAAAUGCUCCCAUCAUUACUUCACACCUUCAUUCUUCUUGCCAUUGCCAAUGGUUGUCUGGGAACGACAUUCACACUGAUAAAUAGAUGUGAAUACACAGUAUGGCCUGGAAUUCUCUCCAAUGCCGGCGCCGGCGGUUUCGGCACCACCGGUUUUCAGCUCCCACAAGGCGCCGCCAGAUCCUUCCAGGCCGGACCGGGGUGGUCCGGCCGGUUCUGGGGCCGAACCGGCUGCGUAUUCGAUCCUGCCACCGGCCAGGGCAGCUGCGCCACCGGCGAUUGCGGAUCUAACCAAAUCGAAUGCAACGGCGCCGGAGCUAAGCCGCCGGCUACCUUAGCUGAGUUCACGAUCGGAUCAGACACUCAGGAUUUCUACGACGUAAGCCUCGUCGACGGCUACAAUCUGCCGAUGAUCGUCGAGGCAGCCGGCGGUUCAGGCGCCUGCGGCUCGACCGGGUGCCUGACCGAUCUGAACCGCAUCUGCCCGAGCGAGCUGCGGGUAGGGAACGGGCAGGCGUGCAGGAGCGCUUGCGAGGCGUUUAGAAGGCCGGAAUUUUGCUGCAGCGGGGCGUACGGGUCGCCGGACACUUGCCGGCCGUCGGCUUACUCGGCGGCGUUCAAGAAGGCCUGCCCCCGCGCGUACAGCUACGCGUACGAUGAUGCGACCAGCACAUUUACUUGUAAUGGAGCUGAUUACACCAUUACAUUCUGCCCUUCACUCCCAAGCCAGAAAUCAUCAUCAUCAUCAUCUUCAUCAAUGCCGGCACCGGCAGCCGGCGGUUCCGCAGCUCAGCCACAAGGGGACGACGACGUCGACGACGGCCGGCAGCCGGAGUCCGGGUGGUUGCCGAAUUUCAUCAUCGGAGGAUCAUCGUCGUCAUCAGCCCUGCAAUCUAAUCCCAUCAUUGUGUCAACAAUAAUAUUGUUGAUAUUGAUCUUAUUUUUGGUGGAUUAAAUUUAAUUGAUUAGGCUGGAUAAAAAUAAUUAAGAGCCACACCACGCAUGCACAUUUUUGUUAUUAUGAUGAUUAUUAUAUAAUAUUAGUAUAUUGUUGUAUACGUAUUUUCAUGUAUAUAGAAGAUGAGUAGCUACUGUAAUAUUUAAUUAAAAUAUUGAAUAUUAUA